AUGACUUACUACAGUCGCUGUGGAUGGUUUACUGCGAGCGAGCACGUGCCGUACACCUCAAUUAGUGCGAAGGAACCCAACCAGACACAACCCUGGGACUACCAGACUGUCGCGCCGCCGGGCUUCGUGAACACCACCGACUUUGAUCUGGAAACCCUUGUCGAAAACGAACAAAAAUGCCAUUACAUUUCGCCUGUCAACCACGACUACCAAAGUAAACCGCACGAAAUGGCGGAGCGGAAUGAGGUGGAUAUGGACAGGGACGACGGCGACGAAGACGAUGACGACGACGACGACGGAGACGUGAAGGAUGAGGAUGAGGAGGAAGAGGAAAAGAAGACGUCCAGUGGAUGCCCACCACUGCAACAGCGCCAGCGACUCACACCACACACCCACCUCCACAACCACAGUCACCACCACCAGCAACAGCACCACCACAACCAUUCCAGGUCUCCGUCGAAGCGGAAACCACGGAUCCUAUUCUCGCAGGCCCAGGUCUACGAACUAGAGAAGAGGUUCAACCAACAGCGCUACCUCUCUGCGCCUGAGCGAGAACAACUUGCUCUGCACUUGAAGAUGUCCUCCCAACAGGUGAAGAUUUGGUUCCAAAAUCGGCGCUACAAGUUAAAACGACAGCUGCAGGAAAAAGGCCUUGACCAGCCAAUUAGCAAUCCGGUAGUCAGCCAGACCUACAUCACGCCACCUUCGUAUGUGGACUUCGAGAAUUCCCAUCGUACGUCCGAAGACGCCUUCGAGGCGGAGGCGAGCAGUAGCAUUGAACAUCGACAGCAGCAGCAGCAGCAGCAGCAGCAGCAGCAGCGUCAGCAGCCGACAGUCUGGCACGGCUAUACACCUGCGAGUCCUCACUCAUGGUACACCCCGCCACAGCCACGGACAACCUGGUUGGAGCCCGGCUUCGACGGGAGUUCCACGUGGAACACGGGUCAGGUGUACGGGGGACUGCUGGGCCAGCAUUUGCUACCGCAGCGUCAAAGCACCAUUGGCUUCUACGACCAGGCCACUCCCUCGUCUAGCACAAGUAGUGUCUCCCCAGGCGUCACUGACAGUGGGCUCUCGUACCAAACUGGCGGUCUAAGCUGUGAAGGCUGUGCUUGA